CUAGAUCAGACAUCGUGAAAAUGUACUGUUAUUUUCUUCUGUCAUGCGAUUGUGUAGUCUACUCAGUAAGUUCAGAGGUAUGAUGCAAUGCAACUUGAAAGUAAUAUUAUUCUAACAUCCACAUUAAUUUUUCUUUGUACCUUAUAUGGAUUGCAAGUUUAUUUAGACAUGGGCUUUAGGAUGUUAGCGAGUGUUAAUGCACAUUCUUUAUUCCCCAUCAACUUUGACCCUAGCUGACUGAUAUAUGAUGCAACUGGGAUUAUAAUAUUAUACUCUAGAAAUCCAGGUUACUCCGAUCAGUGUCAAUGUUUAUGUAAUAGUUGAGCUGGGCGAUUAGCACUGUGAGAUUAAACAAUAAUAUUGGGAGUGCGAUCUGAAUGUUUGAGUUCUUUGGUUAUGACUACGGAUCAGCCAAUUUUCUAGAACUGAAGUAGACACGUGUUGGGAAAUAUUGUGUUUGAUCUAGCUCAUGUGCCUUAGUCAUCUCUAAAGUUUAUACCUGAUGAUGCUGCUGUCAAAGUGCGCCUUUGCGGUGCCAGCUUUGUCGAUGGGUUCAUCUUACUAGAAUUGUUUGUUACAAAUCAUUUGGUCAACUGCAUGGGUGCGUUUGUGCCUGAUGCUUUCCUAUUUCAAUAUGCAUCUCAUUUGACUUCUGUUGACCAUUUGUCAGUUUGACACUUAACAAUUUAUUAGAAUACUUUGGUCCAUUUUGUCGAGCAUUCAAUCUGCAUUCUUUUUUAUUGUUAGACUUUACAAUACCAAAAAGUUGGUUUGUUUCUCCAGAGUCUUAUUUAGGACUUAAGAUCUUAUCCCCCUCCUGGAGCAGUGGGGAGCUAAAGGUUUCCAAAUUUGUUAUCAAGGUCCUACCAUCUGUCAGACCCGGGCAAAUUAUUCUAUGUGAUGCCAAGUUAACAUUUGACAAACUUUAGAGGAGGGAUUUCUAAAUGUACAUUGUGAUGAAGACACAUCACCUGGUGUUGAGACGAUGCUUGUAUUUUCUGAUCAUGUCCGGAGCUUUGUGAACCCUGUUUGGACAUCAUCGGGCAGACCAGUAGCCCAGAGAGAUUCACUGACUGCGAAUGGUCUGAGUACAGGAUCACAGAUGGAAAGACAGUCUGAUAGUAGUCAAAAACAAGUUGAGGGUCUCAUAUGGAGCUUUCCGCCAGCUGUUGUUCUGAAUCACCAUCCUUGUGAAAAUUUCUCUUUGUCUCCUCCACCUAUUGAUAGAAAACGUACUGGACCAAGACCCUGUCCAGUUUGUUAUUUGCCUGUUGAGCAAGCACUGGCACUGAGACCAGCUCAGCCAUCCGCAUCACCUGUCCUUCAAAGAUUAAAUUAUAUGUCCGAAGAGAAUUUGGUUUCCAAAGAUUCAAAUGGUGGUUCUUUGUUUGGAGGUUAUCCAUCCCUGGAGGAACGAGAUAAGUCUUACGACAUAAAAGAUUUGAUGACAGUACAUUCUAACCUACUGUUUAUCAUCAGAUUUGUAAGAGGGAAGAUACCUGGUCUUAAUACUGGGUUUGACGUAGAUGAAGCUGAUCGUUCUGAGAUGCAGCAGUGCCAGAGGACUGUUGUUGCCUCUGCUAUUUUUGGAAACUAUGAUAUACUGCAACAACCAGAAAACAUCAGUGAAUCUUCAAAGGAUACUGUUUGCUUCUUUAUGUUUCUGGAUGAAGAAACCGAAGCUGCACUAAAGAACUCCACUACUAUUGACCAUACCAAAAGAAUUGGGCUGUGGCGUGUAGUUGUUGUCCGCAACCUACCAUAUUCAGAUGCAAGGCGCAAUGGAAAGGUUCCAAAAUUACUACUUCAUCGGCUUUUUCCUAAUGUGCGAUAUUCAAUUUGGAUUGAUGGGAAACUUAAGCUAGUGAGGGAUCCUUAUCAGGUAUUAGAAAGAUUCUUGUGGAGGAAGAAUGUUAGCUUUGCUAUUUCCAGGCAUUACAGACGCUUUGAUGUCUAUGAGGAAGCUGAGGCCAACAAGGCUGGUGGAAAAUAUGAUAAUGCUUCCAUUGAUUACCAGAUAGAGUUCUAUAAAAGAGAGGGUUUAACCCAUUAUUCAUCAGCUAAACUUCCUAUAACGAGUGAUGUCCCUGAGGGCUGUGUGAUAAUUAGGGAACACAUCCCCAUAACAAACCUGUUUACAUGCCUUUGGUUCAACGAAGUUGACCGCUUCACCUCCAGAGAUCAGCUAAGCUUCAGCACGGUUAGGGAUAAAAUAAGGUCGCGAGUUAAUUGGACUGCAGACAUGUUCCUGGAUUGUGAAAGGCGUGAUUUUGUUGUUCAGUCAUACCACCGAGAACUGUUGGAACAGCGGCAGGCUACCUUAAGAAGUCGGCCUCCACUGCGGCCACCUAUGGUGCAGAUACAGCCAAGAAAGAUGCUUCCAGACAAUGCAUCAAAGGAACCUGGGAAGGCUUCAUCAGCCAAGAAGUUACCAGGGAAGCGUACACGUGAUAAGAAAUCAAGCUCGAAACGAAGUCAUCGAACUAAAGUAGUUGGUGGGAAGGAGGCAAUUCAACUGUAAAUCUCCUGGCAGUUUUGCUCCUAUACAAUUGUGGAUCCGACGAACAGCAUUCCAACAUGUUUUACGAUUUAACUUGUAUCCACGCUCCCCUCCCAAAGGCUCGAAAAUUUUGUCAUGAAGUGUUGAUAGAGGACUGAAAUUCUUUGUUGUAAAUAAACAUUUUUUUAGAUCAGAGAUGGAUGCAACUAGCAGCUGAUUCAGCUCAAUUCAUCCUGGAGGUAGUCUUGGGGCUGGUUUCAAAUAGUAAAUGUAUUCCUGAUGAUCGGUAUCAUUUUUCAAGUGGCUAAUUUUAGUUCACAGAUCAAAGGUGAAUUGAACAGCAAAGCAUGUUUUUACUA